AUGCUUUAGAUGCUCAGCACAUUUCGUUUAGCUCUGAUGCACUUUUACGCUCACAUCUGUUGUAAUGCGUGAAAACUGCCUGUGAAUUUUAAGAUGACAGAUUUCAAGGCAGAGUGAUCCUAUGUCAGUUUGCAUGCAGAUAUUGCUAUCUUCAAACCAGAGGUUAUGUCAGGCUUCCAAAGUCCACCUUUCGGGAUUUUACAGGCUCUUUUGGGCCCCGUCGUUCUCAAGAGAUUGUAUAGUAUAGCACAGCUGAGCUCUAGAUGUCUUCAGUUAUGGCUAGUAUUAUUUAAUGGUUAUUAGUUAUGUAGUAAAAAAGGACAUUUGUAAUUGAGUAAGAAGUGGAACCAGCCAAUGCAAGAGAAAAAGUUCCCAAGACGUCAGUUUUUGGAUGGUUUCAAUACAUUAGAUACUUUUGUACAUCAGUUUAUUGACCUUUUCAUUUUAAAAGAAAUAUUCCUAAUGGUCAAUAUUGAUCAUAUAAGCCUAAUUCAUAACUGCCUCUAAACCCUAUAGGAAAUAAUUUCAAAUGAAAAUGUUUUGCAAUGUGACAUUUAGUUGAACUCAAAGUGAUGUGCCAUGAUACCUUAUUGAAUGUCUGUGUGAUUGAGUGUAAAUACUACUUAAGAGUUUGCUAACACACCAUUGGCAUGUUCUGGCCAUUCUCUGGGGCUAGUUUGUAUGUUGAAAUCUCAUUUCAUCUUGUUCAUGAACUGAAUAUAUGAAAUAAUAUAAAAUGCUGCUCAUGUUUUAUAUUUGCUCUUUACAGUAAAUAGCAGAGCAGAAAGAUUCAGUUCUGAAUGUGCAAGGAGGGUUUUCUUAUUCUUUCAACAUUUGUGUUUUGAGCUCUGGGUUUUCUAUUUAAAUCAUUUGUUCAUGUACAUACAGUUGAAUCACACUUUCUAUUUUCUGUGUGGUGACAUGCAAUAAAGAAAUCAAACCCUUCUGAUAACUUGGCUGCAUGAGUGUAUUUGUACUUUGAAGUCACUGGUUCCUGUUUCUGGUUUUCACGGUGGAAACUCCACUUUAAAAAGAACGAAACUGCUCUUUUUUUUUAAUGUUUGAUUUUAUACCAAGAAUACCAUUCCUUUUCCUUGUCACUGUUAUUUAUAUAGUUUCUCAUGUGCUAUUAAUUUAUGGUCAACAAGUCCAUGUCUGACAUUUUCAUUUAUCUGCUAUUUAUCUUUGCACAUUUGACGCAGUUUGUUGGAACAGCCACAAAGUAAGUGGUGACAAAGCAACUUUCGGUUGCAGUGCAGUGUUAAAUACGGUGGGUGUGGACAGCUCGGCAGGAAAGGGACACAAAAACCAGACUGUUAGCUGGAGCACUGACAUUUUUAUUGAGUACAGUUGCGUUUGUCUUAGGAGUCUUAGUCUUGGGAGUUUUCCUCUAUACCACAUCAACAAAUACCAGCUUGAAGAGGAAGGGUAGUUGUGUGUACGAGUCUGAUCCAGGAUUUUUCUUAAAGAAAUGUAUGCUAAGAGUUUCAGAGGAAUAUUCAUGCCAUUUGAGGGUGAAUUGGAUUCAGCAGGCAUAACAAAAAACUCCAGUCAAGCUUCUUUCUGAUUAGAAACCUCACAGUAAGGAGGAUGUUUUGAGAAGUUUGUUUCCACCAUGCCUGUUGAAGAUGUUGGUCCAGGUCGGGGUGAAAGGAGAAGGUUGCCCUGGAUGUUUCUAGUUCUGGUGAUUGCUGCCAUCACCUCCUCUUCCCUGUCUGUGAUCUCCCUGUACCAUAUGCUGGCCCUGCGGGCCGAGGUGGAGGGUUUGAGAGCUGAGGUGGUCCGCAGGAGAGAGGAGCAAAGCGGGACACUAGAAGAAGUGGCAGGAAAACAAACCCAUCAGCAGAAAGAUGAAGAGAGCAAAGAGACAAUUGAGUAUCUGCAGCAAACUGAGAUGGAUGAUACCGUGACAGACCAUACUGUCCUGUCAAAAAGGAGCCUGGGUCAUACAUCAAGCAAAGCAGAAUCCCAGCCCUGUUUACAAAUGAUGGCAAACAACAGGAGAAAAACCUUCCAGAAAGAGUUUGCUUUGGAAAUAUGCACAGCCAUCCCAUGGCAAGUCGGACUGAAGCGUGGCACAGCUCUGGAGGAAGAGCAGGGCACCAUUUUAAUCAAAGAGGAAGGAUUCUUCUUCAUCUAUAGUCAGCUCUCCUUUUCCCAGGUUUACUACACAGACUCUACGUUCGCUAUGGGCCACAUCGUGAUUCGUAUAAAGAAAAACGUCGUAGGAGACGAGAGUCAGCACGUUGUUCUGUUCCGCUGUAUUCAGAGCAUGAAUCGAGUCAAUCACUUCAACACAUGCUACACUGGAGGCCUAGUGAAGUUGGACUCUGGGGACAGACUGGAGCUUCUGAUACCUCGUACCAAUGCAAAUAUCUCUCUGGAUGGGGAUUCCACCUUCUUGGGAGCAAUAAAACUGGCCUGACAAUGGAGAACGACUUAGGAUCAGACACUUAAUGAGACUGAAUAUGUUUUAUUAUAAUUAUUCAUAAGGAUAAUUAUUGACAUUCCCUGGACUCCAUGAAUACCAUACUUGCUUUAUGUUGUGGAGUAUUCCUAAAAAUGUCUUCAUCGAAUUACUUUGUAUCCAGCUACUUUGGUUCACACUUCAGUGGCAUUUCAUCACCCAUGCAGAACAUUAACAUUAUUGCCCAUA